AUGUCACUGUCAGACCUAUCAAAUGAACUCAUCGUUCGCGUCUUCGAAUCUGUCGACAAUAUUAGUUCAGCCGCCGCUUUGAGCCAUACGUCUCACCACUUACAUACAAUAUGGCGUUACCAUCUUGCCUCGAUAUGUGAUGCGGUACUUCCUCGGACGAUCGAAUGUUACGAUCAAGCACGUCAGCUCCUCGAUGCCAGAGCAAAGUCAAGCCUAGUCGAUCGUCAGUCGUCAGUUGAGGACAAAGCCAAAGCAGCUAUCAUACGCGCAAAGGUACUCUUGUCUAACGCUGAUUACGCGUGUCUCGCCCUAUCAUACUUCGAGGCCGGAAUUUUUGCCCAACGGAAGAGGGAACUAUGGCUCUGCGCUUGUACCGGGAUCCUCAGAGACCAACGUGGCAACCGUACUCUUGAGCCUUUCAGUCGCAUUCGCUUCCUAAAGGCUUACUAUCGGGCCAUGAGUACGGUAUACCUAUCAGGGAAAAGCAAGUCGAAGCUUCGGUAUGAGAUCCUGGCAUCUAUGCACCUACUGGACUACUUUCGAACGAGAGAAAUUAUGGAGUGGAUUAGUUACGAGUAUUGCGAGGCAUUCAUCCCCGAUGAGGACACGAUUGUGGCACGCUACGAUUUCGGGCCUAGCAACUCCGGGAAAGCAGGGGAUUUUGAACAAUUUUCCCAAAAUCACCAUUUUCUGGAUAUCCUUGAGGUUGAUCUUGUAAAGGUAUCUGGCGUGGAGCGACCGAUGAAUGAGUUCGGAGUCCGAGGCCCCACCUAUGAGCUAACCCUCCACGAUGAUUGCCUGAAGGGCAAAACAGAUCGAGCGAAAGGCGUUGCGUUAGCUGAUCUACUGCCUCUGCUACCAGAGAAUAGCUCUAUCAAUCCCCAGUAUGAGCUCUUGGCGUCGCACUGA